AUGAUCAUUACCUUCCCCAUCUCCAUAUGGAUGUGCUUAAAGAUCAUUAAGGAGUAUGAACGUGCUGUUGUAUUCCGUCUGGGACGCAUCCAAGCUGACAAAGCCAAGGGGCCAGGUAUAAUCCUGGUUCUGCCAUGCAUAGAUGUGUUUGUCAAAGUUGACCUCAAAAAAAAAAAAAAAAACAUUCCUCCACAAGAGAUCCUCACCAGAGACUCCGUGACUACUCAGGUAGAUGGAGUUGUCUAUUACAGAGUCUAUAGUAAAAAAAAAAAAAAGGCUAAUGUCAACGAUGUCCAUCAAGCAACAUUUCUGCUGGCUCAAAAAAAAAAAAAAAAUGUCUUAGGGACACAGACCUUGUCCCAGAUUUUAGCUGGACGAGAAGAGAUCGCCCAUAGCAUCCAGACUUUACUUGAUGAUGCCAAAAAAAAAAAAAAGAUCCGGGUGGCCCGAGUGGAAAUCAAAGAUGUUCGGAUUCCUGUGAAAAAAAAAAAAAACAUGGCAGCCGAGGCUGAGGCCACCCGGGAAGCCAGAGCCAAGGUCCUUGCAGCUGAAGGAGAAAUGAAUGCUUCCAAAAAAAAAAAAAAAGCCUCCAUGGUGCUGGCUGAGUCUCCCAUAGCUCUCCAGCUGCGCUACCUGCAGACCUUGAGCACAGUAGCCACUGAGAAGAAUUCUACAAUUGUGUUUCCUCUGCAAAAAAAAAAAAAAGAGGGCAUUGGUGGGGUCAGCUAUGAUAAUCACAAGAAGGUUCAGUCUGAACUUCCGGGUGUCAAAAAGUGGGGUGGCUUAGUCCCUGUUGUCACAAUGUUUCCCACGCUCUUCUGGCAAUUUCAUGUUGUUGCUGAACACGAGUUGCCAGGAUGUGACUGCUGGGCUGGCUGGUGCUCAUGGGCUCUGACCCCUCUCAAAAGUCCUCCCAUAGCUGCUCUCAGCAUCCUGUGGCUCUUCUCUGACACAAGGCUAUGCAUGCAGGCAGGUCCCUAG